CGGGACCGCGGGGCUUGCUGGUAUAGUGGAGGAGUGGUACCCAGGGAGCUUGCCGGGAAAGUGGAGCAGUCCUGUAGAGGAGUGCCGUUACCAGCGCAAUGCCGUAUGCGAACCAGCCGACAGUGCGGAUCACGGAGCUGUCUGACGAAAAUGUGAAAUUCGUCGUGGAGAACACCGAGCUCUCGUCAGUGCUGGGGACGGGGGGAGGAGAAAGGACUUUGAGAGUGGCAAAUGCAUUGCGGAGAGUUCUAAUGGCAGAAGUGGCAACAUUGGCAAUUGACUGGGUUCAGAUUGAUGCAAAUUCCUCUGUACUCCAUGAUGAAUUCAUUGCACACAGAAUUGGAUUAAUUCCCCUGACGAGUGAUGACAUUGUAGAUAAGAUGCAGUAUUCGAGGGACUGUACGUGUGACGAGUUCUGCCCGGAAUGUUCAGUGGAACUGACACUGGAUGUGAAGUGUAAUGAAGAUCAAACUCGACAUGUCACCUCACGGGAUCUCCUCUCCAAUAAUUCCCGUGUUAUCCCUGUCACAUCUCGGAGCAGAGACAAUGAUCCAAAUGACUACGUGGAACAGGAUGAUAUCCUAAUUGUGAAGCUACGCAAAGGCCAGGAGCUGAGGCUCCGAGCUUAUGCCAAGAAGGGGUUUGGAAAGGAACAUGCCAAGUGGAAUCCCACUGCAGGAGUGUCCUUCGAAUACGACCCUGACAAUGCACUGCGGCACACAGUCUACCCCAAACCUGAGGAAUGGCCAAAAAGUGAGUACUCUGAACUUGACGAAGAGGAGAUCCAGGCCCCCUACGACCCAAAUGGCAAACCAGAGAGGUUUUAUUUCAACGUGGAAUCUUCAGGAGCUCUACAUCCUGAGACAAUCGUACUGUCUGCUCUAUCUGGCCUCAAGAAGAAGCUGAGCGAUCUGCAAACAAUGCUGAGUCACGAAAUCCAGAGUGAUGUCCUCACUAUCAACUAGCGACAGUCAAACUGACACUGCCCAGACCAGGGGAAGGGGUAUGUCCAACCCUGCAGAGAGGGCAGGCAGAGGGAGAGAGUGGUGAAGAAUGUAACUCUGUCAGGCCCCAGGGUUUGGAGCUAUCCAACAUCCUGCACCCUCAGGUGUAUAAGCAGCCCAGGGGCUGCACUGGGAGCUGUUUACUUUUUGCUUAUGUGUAAGCAUCAUUAAAUGUGUUUUGUCAAGUA